GGAACGACAAGAUGCGACAACUUGUCCUGACCGCUUUUCUGCUGGGUUCUCUGGCGAUGACUUCGGCUCAGAUAACCCCAGUGAGCCAUGCUGCCUUCUACCCGUACGGACCCGGUACUGGCGACAUUCUGGACCCGACCGCUGAUGACAGCACAUCGGGACCGCAGGCCCUCAGCACAGCUUUCCCGUUCUUUGGAAAUACCUACAAUGAACUUUUCGUCAACACCAACGGUGACAUCUCCUUCGGAGUAGCGGUAACAAGUUACACACCUAGACCGUUUCCAGUGACGAACAACAGGGUCCUCGCCGUUUACUUCACCGACAUCAAGACAAGCAACGGAGGACGGUCUGGUUACAUUUACCAUCGGGAAACAACUGACGCUGCUAUAUUGGCCAGGGCAACCGGGGACAUCCAGACAGCCUUCCCCGCCGACCAUGGAAGUUUCGUGGCGACCUGGGUCUACAUCGCAACCUGGCACGAAGUGGGGCUAUAUGACGAGAGCGGAUACGGUGGAAAUCUUCGGAACACGUUUCAACUUGUGCUGAUCACGGACGGCCAAAAGUCCUUCACCCUGUAUAACUACGCCCGGAUCGACUUCUUACAAGGGGAGACCAACGGUGGUAAUGGAGCUACCGGCACAGGACCAAACCCAGCGCAGGUUGGGAUAAACGGAGGGAACGGAGUCCACUAUGCUCUUCACCCGUACUCGAGAACCACUAAUCUGUACAACCUGCCGACAUGGACCGAUCCGGCUGUGCCGGGACCUCCUGGCCGUUGGACCAGGAGAACUGACCUGGCUACUGUCGGCGACGCUAUCGAAUCGCUGGAAGUAUUUUCUACUGUCAAAGGCACAGGACAGUCCGUCUACGAUGCCUGGGCGGCCAGUCCAGGUGCCGAGAUUCGACACGUCAAGUGCCCGAUUCUGGACCUCUGGGACACACUUCCCAUCAAAUUGGUGAAGGUUGUUCUGAAUACGCCCGAUGGAGACAAGGAGUUUCUAUUCAAUGGUGAAAAUUCAAACAAGUUUGACUGGUUCUCCAAGUCGCGCAUGUUGUCAUCAUCAUAUGACGAUAUCAGUACCGAGCCUCAAAACUUUUUCUCAAUACCAGGGGAAACAAAUGUCAAAAGGAGGUUCUACCUCAGUCGCAGCCAUAACGGAUGCGAAGGAGACCUGGGGUGGAUGAUGGUGGCCGAGGGCGGUUAUACAUCAGGUUUCUGCUGGUGGGAGCGGGUAUCUACGUACAACCUGCCGUAUAUCAAGUACUCGAAGAGGAGCGGAUACGCCAGAUGGGCCUAUGUCGACGAAUGCGCCAAUAGCAACGGUGGGUGUGCACAAACGUGCAAUAACAACGUCGGAAGCUUCACCUGCUCUUGCCCUGCCGGCUACGUGUUGAAUGCCGAUGGCUUUGCCUGCGAUGAUGUCGACGAAUGCGCCAAUAGCAACGGUGGGUGUGCACAAACGUGCAAUAACAACGUCGGAAGCUUCACCUGCUCUUGUCCUGCCGGCUACGUGUUGAAUGCCGAUGGCUUGAACUGCGAUGAUGUCGACGAAUGCGCCAAUAGCAACGGUGGGUGUGCACAAACGUGCAAUAACAACGUCGGAAGCUUCACCUGCUCUUGCACUACCGGCUACGUGUUGAAUGCCGAUGGCUUCACCUGCGAUGAUUGUGCCACAGCGUACUCCGGUCUCCGGCCUGCCAGCAAUUUUGGGUUCCACCAGGGCCACUGUUUCUGGUCUUCCAACCGUCAUCAGCGCCUGACCUACGCAGCGGCCCUACAAGCCUGCCAAAGUCACGGGGGCACGCUUAUUAUGAUCAAGGACAGCGCCACCCAUACAUUCAUCAUGAACCACCUGAAGAGGAAGAGUGUGAAAGGCCGACGAGAAAGGCGAUUCUGGAUUGGCCUGGAUGACAUUAACGACGAGAACGUUUACCUCUGGAACGACGGAACCCCUCUGGGAGCCUUCAACAGGUGGAAGUCCACGGCUCCGCACAAGAUCAGGGAUUGUGUGACUCUGUGGAAAAAACCCAAGCGGGCCCCUCGCUGGUACAUCAAACCAUGCAGCAACAGCUACCCGUACAUCUGCCAACUGGGCGUCAGCGGCAGUAAGUAAGGCGGCGCGAGGCAGUGACGUCAGAGCCACAACAUCGCCAUGACGUCAGAACAUCACCAUGACGUCAGAACAUCACCAUGACGUCAGAAUAUCACCAUGACGACAGAACAUCACUAUGACAUCAGAACAUCCUGACGACAGAACAUUGCCAUGACAUCAGAACAUCACCAUGACAUCAGAACAUCACCAUGACGACAGAACAUUGCCAUGACACUUAGAACAUCGCCAACUGACCGACAGACAGACAUCACCAUCGACAUCAGAACAUCACCAUGACAUCAGAACAUCACCAUGACAUCAGAACAUCACCAUGACGACAGAACCAAAUGUUAAAAAACGCACACAUGCACGCGUAUGCACACGCUCACACACAAUAUAUAUUAUCCCAAAUAAACAUGGGAUAAUAAUGCACACACGCUCAUACACACAUAUGCACAUGCGCGCACACACACACACAGU